AUGGCCUUCCGAGAUCCUUUCAUCGACAUCAUUAAGGUGUACGACGUAAAGAGAAGGGAGCUACUCCAGCUUUACCAAGAGUCCAAGAGAUUCAUUCAUGCUAAUUUCACCAACCAAUCGGCUUUAAAAUCGUUACUUGAUUGCGAUGAGAACGGACCACUGAUGACAGAAUUACAGCGGCGAAUGGACAUCCUGACGUCUGAGGUCUACGAAGUUAUUUUCUUAGAUAAUGAAAGGCCAAGUAAGAUUCUUGCUGAGUAUGUCCGACACAGCAAGGACCGAGAUAGCGGCAUCGUCUUAGUGGAUACUCCAGGUGUCGUUGCCGGACAGGAUCAAGGUCUUUGGGACUCUUACGGCACCGGCGCUGUGACAGCAGUGUUCGUGUUGGACGGUUACUACUGUGGAAUGGAGACCCAUAUCGAAAACCUGAUUGAGUCCUUCUCUAACAUGCCGGAUGAGGCAGCCAUCUUUACCAUCAACAAGUGGGACAUCGUAGUGGAAGAUUCAGAUUCCCCAAGCGAAGGUGAGCAGGCUUCCACAGAGGAAUACAGAGGAAGAUGUGAAGAUCUUCGGAAAACCUGGCCACGGCUUGAUGUGGACAACCAAGUCCUCUGUACCAAAGCCAAAGAAGCUCUCCAGUGCCUAAAAAGAGGGGAGGGCAGUGACGACUGCACCAAACUUCUUGCUUGCUUGCAAAAAGCUGUGCAAUCAAGUCUGAGAACAAGAGUAGAGGAUCACACCGGAUGGCUUGUGCAGUUUCUUCAGAAAAGGACUGAAAUCUUCGAAAAGUGUCUGAACAUCCCAGAUGGCACGGGACAAAGAAUUGGGCAAAGUGAAACUGUUCGGCGAUAUCAAGACGGCCUGCGAAGAUGCGAAAUCUGGCAAGAAAUCGUCCAAAACCUUCGGGGCAAGGUCGAUAUUGGUAUUAAAGAUUUGGGUUUGAAGCUUAGGGACUUCCUUCAAUCAGAGAGAGAGCCUUUGGUGAGGAACUGGUCCCUGAUGGAGGAUCAGCUGCCAGACAUCACAGCUUUUAACAACCUUGAAGCUGUUGUGCGGAAUCUUGUCGUCGGGAAAAUGACUGAAAUUGUAAAAGAGUGGGAUAGGGAAUCGGAUGGUCUGAAGCACUUCGAACGUAAAAUCAUCUCAGAGUUCAAAGACCAAUUCUGUCUGAUGCAGAACGAACUUGACCGUAUAUUGCAGAUGACUGGGACCAGUAGCACGCAACCUGCUCAUGAAGUACCCACUAUCGAUAAUCUUUUCUACCUCCCCGCAGUAAUGUUUCAGUCGCUCCCAGCCGCAAUUGCAGUCAUUCUAAAUGCGGUUUUAUUCCCCAUCGCAAUCGGGAAGGAUGUUGUCGGGAGCAGGCGUGAAAUGAAAGAGUACACAGGAACCAAAGGCACAGCGACGAGUGUUCUCGAGCAGCGUAGAGAGUACGUGCGGGGGAAGCUCAGCGGAGUUUUAACGGAGAUACUACACAAGAAACAUUACUACAACAUUAUUAGAGAAUGCUUUCAGCCGGCACUGGACCUUGAUGAGCUUGUCAAGAUCAUCCCCCAGAUCAAGACGUUCCUGCAGAGUCAGAUCGCGCAAAUUGAAGCAAACAACAUCCCUCUGCUCAAGGAUCAGCUAACCAGUAGACUAGCUGACGUGCGUCUAUUUGAAGUCAAAGAAGUGCGGUCAUAUUCUCUUCGAGUUCCAGUUGGCAUUUCCUGGAAAGACACAGUCAGUGAUGUCAUUGGAGAAGGAUCUUUCAGCAGAGUCUACAAGGCCACAAUGACGACAGAGGACAGACAGAAUGAAGAAGUCGCCAUCAAAGUUCCGAAGAUACCUUUGGAUGGCACCAUCAUGGAUUAUCUCCGAGAAGAAGAGAUUCUUUCUGAAAUGAAGGCUGACUGCAUCGUCAAGUUCUUCGGAACCGCCAUUGACAGACGUACCAACCCAGUGCAGCUGGUAAUGGUGUUUGAGCUGUGUAAGUGUACACUGAGAGAGGCAAUCCUACAGAGACCGAUACCUGGCCCUGCUGACUGCACUCGGGAGGAAAGACCCCAGGCCCUGCUAUUUGCUGCCGACAUGGCGAGACAGACUGCGAAUGCUUUGUGCUAUCUCCAUGGAAACGACAUCGUUCACAGGGACCUAAAGCUGGACAACAUUUUUGUCAAAGAAGACGACACAGGCCGGACAAUACUGAAGCUUGGUGACGUGGGCAUCGCCAAAUUCGAGAGAAAGAUACAAGGGACUCGGGCUGGGACCGAACUGUACAUGGCACCGGAAGUCCUACAGAGGUUGCCUACCUACGACAGAAAAGUGGACAUCUACAGCUUCGCCUUCGUCCUGUGGGAGCUGUGGUACGGCAGACAGGCGGACCAUGGACAGCAUAUGAACGGCAGCGAAUUCCGUACGGCAGUUGUUACAAGGAAUCUCCGACCAGCCCUGACAGAAGAUCUUCCUCAACCACAGUCUGACUGGAUGUCUUUGAUCCAGAGAUGUUGGGAAGGAGAAGCCAAGAUGCGGCCCACAGCUGAGGAAUGUCUUCAGUGUUUGAAUAGCAUUAUUGAAAGAAUCAAUAAGCCAACUACUUAA